AUGUUGGAAAUGCAAACAGUCGCAACUCGGACAUAUCCAAAUGGACAUUAUGACCUGAACAGUAGCAAACUUGAAUAUGAGUCGGGUGAUCUCAAAGGUCCUUCACUGUACAAGAAAGAAUCGCUACAGAAUGCUCAACUAAGGGAAAGUCUGACAGAAUAUGAGCCCUCAGAGUCUGCAGCUUACCAAAGCGUGAUGGUAAGUGGACCUACGCUGGUCUGA